UACCGAUCUCCUCUGCCAUUUGUGAGACAGACAAAAUCGCCGUUCUUAACUUUUGGAGAGGUUCUUAUUUUUGCCUUUUUUUUUUAAUUCUUGUUUUGUUUAUCGCUUAGAAGUUGUGACGCCAGCCAUUAGUGCAGUGAAACCCCCUUUCCUUCUUUUCUUUUUCAUACCCCUGGAUCUUUUUCUUCCUCUGUUUGGAUCCUAAACUUUCUUAGUCUGGUACUUUCUUGAUUCAGAGAGCUCUCCGUCCCCUCUCUCUCCUCCUGGUCUCCCAUCCCUUGUAGUGGUUCCUUUUUUUCUGUCCUUUUCUCUGGCUAUGCACCAUGUUGUCCUCCCCUACUGUGAUACUUCAGCCCUACGGACUCCCUGUUUACCCCCAGACAGCCUCCUGCUACCCCAGCAUUGUACAGGGUGCUGCCGCCCAAGAGGCGGGGCCAGGCAAUGGUGACCCUUCACUUCCUCAGGUCUAUGCCCCACCCCCUUCAUAUCCUCCACCUGGACAAGCCCCACCCACACCUGCUGCCCGGCUGCCACCCCUCGAUUUCACUGCUGCUCAUCCAAACUCUGAAUACGCAGAUCAUCAUCAAUUAAGAGUCUAUCAGGGCUCUCAACACGACGGGACGGAGUCUAUACCUGCCAAUAACACGGAUGAUUCAUUGGCUCCUGUGACAUCUGACCCACAGUCUCUUACUGUGGCAUCUGGAAGUGGAACAGGAAGUGGAAGUGAGGAGGAAGGAGCUGGGAAGGCCCAACCCAAAAGGCUCCAUGUUUCCAAUAUCCCUUUUAGGUUUCGAGACCCAGAUCUGAGGCAGAUGUUUGGGCAAUUUGGCAAGAUUCUAGAUGUGGAGAUCAUCUUUAAUGAGAGAGGGUCAAAGGGUUUUGGAUUUGUGACAUUCGAGAGUGCAGUGGAAGCAGAUAGAGCGAGAGAGAAGCUCAACGGAACAAUCGUCGAGGGAAGGAAGAUUGAGGUGAACAACGCCACAGCGAGGGUGGUAACAAAAAAGCCCCAGACGCCAUUAGUGAAUGCUGCUGGGUGGAAAAUCAAUCAAGUAAUGGGGGCCAUGUAUGCCCCUGAACUUUACACAGUCGCCAGCUUCCCUUAUCCUGUUCCCACAACGACUUUAGCCUACAGAGGCUCUGGCCUCCGUGGACGUGGUCGGGCAGUCUACAAUACAAUCCGCUCAGCUGCAGCCGCCGCCACACCAGCUGCAGUACCAGCCUAUCCAGGAGUGGUGUAUCAAGACGGACUGUAUGGUGCUGAGGUCUAUACUGACCACCAAAAUCAAGACAAGGACUACUUGGUAUAUCAGCUGGGAGGAUAUCCAGCUACAUAUCGAGUGGCCCAGUCGGCCUCAGCAGCUGCAACAGCCACAUACAGUGAUGGAUAUGGAAGAGUCUAUGCCACAACAACAGACCCCUACCAUCACUCAGUAGGACCCACCACCACUUAUGGAGUUGGAACAAUGGCAAGUUUGUACCGUGGAGGCUAUAACCGCUUUACUCCGUACUGAACGAAAACAACAUUUUGACUCACUUCUGCUUAUGCUGGCUGGGAAAUGAGACUGUCACUUCCUUUCCUCUGUCUUCUGAGGAACUGCUUGACCUUCUGAUUGUAAAUACUGCCUAUAUUUAUUGAGGGAAAAAAGGUGAAUCCAGCCUGAUAAUAUAAUUAUUUAUAUAUAAGGACUUUUAUUUAAUUCCUAAUUUAAGAAAAGGUCCCACCCAAAAAGAAAAGAACUUUCAUAUUCUGCACAGUGUCUAGCUUCUUAUGGUGGUGUUGUUAUCUACAGUACAUAUACUGAUACUAUCUUAAUAGUGCCAUGAUAUGGAAGUCAUCAUAUGCUUAUAGAGCCUCACAGCUAGAUGACAGGCCUCACAAAGUGGCCCAACACUGUCAUUUGCUAUUACCACCUCUGGAUCUGUUGCAUUGCUGAAUGCUGAUUAUAUACAAUAGACAAAGUCUAAUACCUCUAGUGGAACUUUCCCCAGAGAGAAAUACAAAACUCUGAACUUGUCUAGUAUGUAGAGGACUGUGUGUGUGUGUGUGUGUGUGUUUGUUGGAGUGUCUUUGGAGUGUUCGAGUGUGUGUCAUUUUUCUGCUGUCACAAGCAUUACUGUGAGAUACAGCAAUGGCACUGGGGUGGGUGAUAUUUUUCUCACAAUGUAAUCUACCUCUGAGCUAAACAUCUCUUUAUUCUAAACUAAAACAAACAUUUCAUUUGUUUUCAAAAAUCUAUCUAUCUAUCUAUCUAUCUAUCUAUCUAUCUAUCUAUCUAUCACAAAAAAGAGGUGCUUUCCUCUCUGAAUUUGUCCUGUCAUUUCCUGCUGUCAUGCUGUUCAGCUGUAUCUUGUCCAUCCACCUUCAUUUCUUUUUUCUCUGUCAGUUUUUUUUUGUUGCUAUUGUUCAAAUCCUGUUUUUGCUUCAGCAAUAUAACUUUUGUAUUCUUAUUCUGUCUAUUCUUUUCUUUUACCACUUUCAACUUCUUUUUUAAUACUUUAACCUGUUGUGUGCUUUACUUCCCUUGACUCUGCUUUUAACGUUCCUCUUUCUUAAAGGCAUCUUUCUAUGUAGAUGUUUUUUCUCUAGGGAACUGUUCUGUGCCUUCCUUUCUUUCUUUCUUUCUUUCUUUCUUUCUUUCUUUCUUUCUUUCUUUCUUUCUUUCUUUCUUUCUUUCACUACUAAAUGUUAGUGCAUCUAGAAUUUCCUUUUCACUGUGAUAGUAAUUUCUGCCCCACCCCACACCAGUCAUGCUAUCUGAUUUAUUCUUGUUUCCUUUGUCUGUUUUUCUAUCUCUGUUUCAUUCCUUCUCUGGACUGAUUUCAUUGUUGUGCAAGUGCUUUCUGUGAACUAUCUUUUAUUCUGAAUUUGUAACUCUUCUUUUACUUUGACUCUUUCGCUAUGCCUAUAAAGCUAAUUAAUUAUUAAUUCUCAUAGCUGAUUUCCUACUAAUUUUGCCCUUUGGCCUUUUCUCAUGUCUUCUUUCUUUUCACCUCUCUUUUCUUCUUUUUCCUCACACUUUUUUUCUGUCCUGUGUUCUUUCUUUACUUCUGCAUUUAACAUGUCUGUCAUGCUUUAGAUUUCAUUGCAUUUCUCCUAGUGUUUUUGUAGAGUUUAUUUUCUUUAGUUUCCUUCUUUCUUUCUUUCUUUCUUUCUUUCUUUCUUUCUUUCUUUCUUUCUUUCUUUCUUUCUUUCUUUCAGCUUGAUUAUUCUUUUAUCUUAUCUGUUAUAGGACCCUAUGAUGUCAUUGCUGUAUCCUUUUUUUUUUCCAGCUCACUAAAGUGUAAGCUACUCUGUGGCUGAAUUGUACAUUAAAAGAGUUUACUGAUGUUUAAAA